GUUGUAACGAAAGAAAAACGAAAAAAGUAAAAAAAAGCCGCCAUAACCGAAGGUAAAGUCUUUGGUUCGGUCGAGAAGACAACCGACUUCAGCCCGUAUUUCUCGCCAUAAAAGUGGGAAAAUAUCAAUGCAAAAAAUAUAAAAACACAAAUUUAUACUUGCCAUUGUUAGUUGAAGUCAUUUCUGCGACGAGGGAACGACGUUUUUCUUCUUGUUUCUUUUUUACGGUUUUUUUAGCGACGGGUGUCCACACAGCAAGACGACAUCUUUUAGAGUGAACCAAAAGACGAAGGCGCCAAAAUUUUGAAUACGCGCCUUGAAUCUCGCUCAUGAUUGGUCGACAUUUAAUUGGUCAGGAUGUUAUUGAGAAAAUAUCUUUUGAUCAAACAUUUUCAUUAAUAUUUAGCAUAAUAUGUUUAUGAUGAAGCAAGAUAAUCUCCUAAACAUUCCUUGCAGGAAGAUUGAUAUCAAUAGGGAAUAAAUCGGGGUAUAACGAAGGAGUAACAGGUGACAUAACAGUGAUACUUGGGGAUACUAAGAGACAUGUCAUCGGUCGAGAAAGUUCGUGAAGCCGAACAACUACGGAUGCUUCCGAAUGAAUCUUCGCGCAAUCUUCGGCUUAGUAACAGUCUACAAUUAUAAUGGCGUCCUUCUCGUCCGGUUGAAAUAGUAUUUUUAAAUAUUUUUUUAUUUUUGCCAAGCAAUCAUGGGCAUGUUCGAUAAACUAGCCAUUUGGCUUGGCGUGAAGAAGAAAGAAGCAAGUGUACUGUGCGUUGGUUUGGAUAACAGCGGGAAAACUACCAUAAUAAACCAUCUGAAGCCCGACAAGGCACAGGCGACCGAUAUUGUACCGACAAUUGGUUUUAGCGUUGAGAAAUUUGCUACUCAAAGCUUGUCUUUCACUGUUUUUGACAUGUCAGGACAAGGAAAAUAUAGAAAUCUUUGGGAACAUUACUACAGGGAUGCCCAAGCUGUGAUAUUCGUAAUUGACAGCAGUGAUAAAAUCAGGGUGGUUGUAUCGAAAGAUGAAUUAGAUUUAUUGAUAAAACAUCCAGACAUAUCAUCGAGGCGUGUACCCAUACUUUUCUUUGCGAAUAAAAUGGACUUGAGGGAUUCAUUAUCAUCUGUAAAGGUUAGCAAUCUAAUGAAACUUGAAGAGAUCAAAGAUAAACCUUGGCAUAUAUGUGCAAGCAAUGCUUUGACUGGCGAAGGAUUGAAUGAAGGAGUUGAAUGGUUAACAGAUCAGUUGAAACAACGUUGAUGUAUAUGCAGGAAAGUGUACAUAGCAAUUAAUAUAAAAUGAAUAUUUGCCAAUGUCAUAAUAAUGACAAUGACAUACAAACUUCAGUUCUGUUUGCUGGCUACACAUGAACUGUGACAUCUCUCAAUCAAUGCUUAACUUAGCAGCUUUUAAAUAUAAAAUUAUUUAGAAUAUCUAUACUUCUGCUCACAGAGCUGAUAAUGUAACCCUGAUCAAACAUGACACAAGUCAUCUCAAGGUUCGACAUUUGAAAUUGAAAAGGAUGCAAGCUAUUCAAACGGUCAUAUUUUAACUGGCAUUGUCACAAACAAAGCAAACUCAUUAAUUUCCACAAAACAGCUGUAUUUUGGCUUCUUUUUUUAACAAACUAUUCAUUAGAACUACAUCAAGAUGCUGAAACUUUCCUUGUGAAAUAUGACUUGCAUCUUGUUUGAUCAGAGAUUGUGAUAAUAAAAAAGUUUUAUGCACAAAAACUGUACAGUUAGUUUUAGCUUUUUUUCAAUCUAUUUAUUUUUUCUUCCCAUUUGCAAAGUUUCAAUAAGAAGUACACUUUGAUUGCAAAUGUGUUCAAUUUUGAAAAUAAAAUCUCAUGAGAAUAAGGUGUUAUAAUAUGUAUUGGUAUAGCUCAGUGAUAUUCAUGGACAUGGUGGGGUUACAUAAGCUGGAAUUUGAACAGUAGUGGUCUGAUAUAUGAUAUAACUUUAUUUUAGUG